AUGGAAGGAACUUGGGAGAAGCUGUCCCAGGUUGCUGUCCUGGGUGCCAAAUAUGACUCCCCUGAAUGCCAGCCCCAUCUGAAAUGUUUGGAAGGGACCCGGGUGGACAUUCUCAAACUGAUCCAGGGAUUAUUGGAUGAGCAAAAGAAGUGUCAAAUUAUUUGGCUGCAUGGCAUGGCAGGCAUCAGAAAGUCUGCUGUGGCAUUCACUGUAGCUGAGAUGAUGAAAGGUUUGAAAAUGACAGAGGAGAUGAAAAUUGAAACAAGGCUUAUGGGGAUGUUUUUUUUCUUGCACAAGCACAUGAACUGCAGCACGACCGGUCAUUUCUUUGCAGCCCUUGCUUACCAGCUUGCAACCAAUUUUCCUAGCAUCCAGAAGGAUGUGAACAGAGCUAUCCACAAGAAUCCUGUGAUUCUAAACCCCAACAACUCUCUUCGCAACCAGAUGAAGAUGUUAUUUCACCAACCU